AUGAGCGAUGUUUCGACCAGUAUGUCUACUGCUCUGAGGGAUCCCUUCCGGACUUCUCGCCGAAGCCUGACGAGAACGGCAACUGCUACGUCUGAUGUAAUUCAGCAGGAUGAUACAUGCGACGAAAUCGCCAAGGCGAAUAAGAUGGAUUCUGACAAGAUCGCCGACUACAAUAGUCUCACUUGGGGAUGGGAGGGAUGCAAUGGGCUACAGAGAGGCCAAGCCAUAUGUCUUAGUGAGGGCAUGCCGCCGUUCCCUAAGUCUGUUGAUGAGAACGUCUGCGGUCCACAGCCGACUGGGCUGGCUCUACAAUUGUUGAGAUUCAGGAUCAUCAACGCGCGAGCCGUGUCGUCGGUAUCGGGGAAAAAUGCGUGCGCUAAAGGAAGCAGUUCAGCUAUACAAGCAAGUGGCUUGAAAGGUUCCUCCGAACGUACUGGCACCGGUAAAGCCGUCAGUGAACGACUACUGAACUACCUGACGUAUCCUAUCCACUCCCUCUACCCCCAGUCUUCUGCCGCGAACCCGAUCUCCAAAAGUGCCGUCAAAACCUGGUAG